CAAAAGUGUUGGAUAUUCAGUGUUAGGGUUGAGUGUUAAAAUAUAGAGUUAUUUCAACUCGGGUUUAGUGUUCAUCAACUCCAAGAGAGUUAUUGUUCAAAAUGAGUUGGUGUUAAUACAGGGAGUCAAAUGUCAUAAUCUGCAAAUAACUCUACAGUGUUGAUUUUACACUACAGCUAGUGUUACCCAUCCCCCAGAAGGCUGCAUGUUUGAAAGAGGCGGGAGAUUGUUUCACGCAGCCAGACAAACACCUUAAGACUCUUUUCUGUGGACUGGACAUGUUCAGACAUCAUUCCAACUGUGACUAGGAUGAUACGUGUGACAAUAUGCUGGUCAAGGUGAGAUUUGGUUCAAGUCAGAAGUAUGUUAAGGUGGCAGAAACCGAAGCAGGCUAUGAAGACUACAAUACAUUUAUUGAGAAAGUAAUAGGAAAGUUAGGUCUUCCUCUACAGACAGACUUGCACGUGACGGAUCAAUCAGGGACAGAGGUGGAUGCAGAUGUGUUUGAGGAACUCUUACAAGCAGGGGAUCUUGCCGUCAAUGUGUCCACAGAAAAGUCUGGAGUUGUGCUUCAACCAGAUCAAGCAGAAAUUUCUUUUGAGUCGAAUGUGUCAGACACCGUAUCCUCUGUGCCUUCUGAUUCAUCUGAUGCAACAAUAACUCUUGAGAACGAUGGUGGGAGGAAAAGGACCCACGACGAUCGGGAAUCAGCUGAAGCGAUGGUGAGAGAUGUUCUUCAGUCCAAGCCAGGGGGAGAAAAGGUGUUGCAUGAAUAUGACAAAAUGAAGACAUUGACGGAUGGUACCCGGCGACAUAUGAUAAACCUACUGGUGGCUGACAUGAUUGAAGUUCAUGGGAGGAUCCCACCAACCUAUGUGCGAACAAAAUACGCUCUUGGCAUUAUAACUCUAUUUCCUUACCUCGGGGAUCCUUACUCAAAAAUGGAUAUGUAA